AUGGCGUCCAUGGGAAGUUCUAUACCUAUGUUCCGGAGCCUUGCGCCCCGCGUGGCCAAGGACUUCUUUACCUGCCGUCAAUGCUUGCAGACGACUCAACGCUUUGGAGGAGGGAGGCCGUUCAGCAGACGAUUUACCGCGUUUUCUUUCGCUCAAGCCUCCCCUCGCGCCAAUUCUUCUUCGUUAAACGCUAAGUCGAAGAGAUUCUUCUCGCCCAGCUUCCGCUCGGUAUCUACAGCGGCUGCGGUCGGCGCAGUGGAAGAGGGGGCCGUCAAGGCAAGGACAAGCCUGCCUAAGAUCAGUGACAAGGCGGUCGCGUACUGGCUGUUAGGCAGUGCAGCCAGCGUGUUUGGCAUUGUCGUAUUUGGUGGAUUGACCCGGUUGACAGAAUCAGGUCUGAGUAUCACAGAAUGGCGUCCUGUCACCGGUUCCCUCCCCCCGAUGAACGCCGAGGAUUGGGAAUCGGAAUUUGCAAAAUACCGUGCUUCGCCGGAGUUUCAGCUGUUGAACCCUCAUAUGAACCUGUCGGAGUUCAAGUCGAUCUACUACAUGGAAUGGAUUCACCGUCUCUGGGGCCGAUUCGUGGGCAUGUCCUUUGUGCUUCCGGCUGUAUACUUUGUGGCAAAGAAGAAAGUUUCCAAGCCGAUGGCCCUUCGUCUCGGCGGAAUCGCAGGCUUGAUUGGUUUCCAGGGCUUCUUGGGCUGGUGGAUGGUCAAGUCCGGGCUGAAAGACGACCUGUUCGCGCCGGGCAGUCACCCACGAGUGAGCCAGUACCGACUGACGGCUCACUUGGCGGCCGCCUUCACGUGUUAUGUUGCGAUGCUGUGGAACGGCCUUGCCAUCCUGCGCUCCCACCGUCUGAUGGCUGAUCCGGAUGCAGGACUGCAGACGCUGGCCGCUCUGCGUGACCCCAAGCUCAAGAUCUUCCGCCGCUCCGUCGCCGGCCUGGCGCUCCUGGUGUUCGUGACCGCCAUGUCGGGCGGCCUCGUUGCCGGCCUGGACGCCGGUUUGAUCUACAACGAGUUCCCCUUCAUGGGCAACGGCCUGGCCCCUCCCAAAUCCGAACUGUUUGAUGACCGCUAUUCCCGCCACCAAGACCAGUCCGAUCUCUGGUGGCGCAACAUGCUCGAGAAUCCUUCCCUCGUCCAGCUGGAUCACCGUAUCCUGGCCAUGACCACAUUCACCAGCAUCAUGGCUUUGUGGGCUUACGCUCGCCGCUCCCCCAACAUGAAGCGCUUCCUGCCCCCGGCCGCCAAGAAGGGCUUGCACGGCGUCGUCGCCUUCGCCUGGGUCCAGGUCGGCCUCGGCAUCUCAACCCUGCUCUACCUCGUUCCCACCCCGCUCGCCUCCGCCCACCAGGCAGGCAGUCUCUUCCUAUUGACCUGGGUGCUUGUCCUGGGCAGCCGUAUCUGGCACCCGUCGAGAACCGCCAAGCUGCUCCAGAUGGCUGCCAAGGCACGGGGCCACCAGGUUUCCCGUGCAGCCACUACGACCAAGAGCCUAUAA